AUGGCACAUAUCGAUGCCGGAAAAACGACAACAACUGAGAGGAUUCUCUACUUAACGGGUGUCACUUUUAAGAUUGGAGAAGUCCACGAUGGUGAAGCAACUAUGGACUACAUGCCGCAGGAACGUGAAAGAGGUAUCACAAUCAUGGCGGCUGCCACCACUUGCUUUUGGAGAGGAGGGUACAGGAAAUUACCUCUACAUCGCAUAAACAUUAUAGAUACACCGGGACAUGUCGACUUCACUGCAGAGGUGGAGAGAUCGCUCAGAGUUCUGGACGGAGCCUGUGCAGUCUUUGAUGGUGUAGCUGGUGUUGAGCCACAGUCUGAGACUGUGUGGAGACAAGCGGACAGAUACGACAUUCCCAGAAUCGCAUAUGUCAAUAAGAUGGAUAGAAUGGGUGCAAACUUUGAAAGAUGCCUAGAUGAAAUGAAGGAAAAACUCGGAGCUACUCCUGUUCCGUUAUUUCUUCCUGUUGGAGAAUAUACAGAUUUUGACGGCGUUAUUGAUCUUAUCAGGAUGAAGUUUUACAAAUUUGCCAGGGACAAGGAGAAUUUCGAUUACAAAGAACUUGAUAUACCAGAAAACAUGCUAGAAAAAUCACAACUUUACAGAAACUUAAUCCUAGAAACAGCAGCACAGACUUCAGAAGAACUUUUAGAUGAAUUUUUAUCGCAAGGAACGCUAUCUGAGGAUCAGAUUAGGAAAUCCCUAAGGAACCUGACACUUUCAAACAAAAUUGUUCCCGUAGCAUGCGGAAGCUCACUGAAGAACAAAAACAUUCAGGGAGUUUUGGACAUGAUAUUAGACUAUCUGCCAUCACCAUGUGAGGCCAAUAAAAUUUGUUUGAAAUCAGAGGAGACUGAACAAGAGAAAAAUGAUGUGCCAUUGUCGGAUUCCGUCUAUUCCACGAAAAAGUUGAUAGAAAAACAACUCGUGUACGAUACAGAAGAUUUUUCACUCCCAUUUGCAGCGCUUGUGUUUAAGAUAACAUCGGAUUCACAGCUUGGAACUCAAGCCUAUAUCAGGAUAUACAGAGGAAGCAUAUCUGCGGGAGAUUACGUUUACAAUCCCAGGACUAUGAAAUCAGAACGCGUCCAGAAGCUCCUGUUCAUGCAUUCUAAUAACAGAACACAGAUAAAAACUGCACAUGCUGGAGACAUUGUAUCUUUAGUGGGAGCUAAGGCUAUUACCGGUGAUACUCUUUGCUCCGAAAAGGACCCAAUAGUUUUGGAGACGAUAAAUUUCCCAGAGCCCGUCAUUAGUCUUCAUGUGGAUGUGAUGGAUAAAGCCGACGAAGAUAGAUUGGGACCUGUUCUUUCUAAAUAUGCAAAAGAGGAUCCCUCCUUCACAACGCAUAUAAAUAGAGAAACAGGGCAAACAAUCAUAAGUGGAAUGGGUGAAUUGCAUCUGGAUAUUGUCGUUGAUAGGAUAAAAAGGGAACACAAGCUAGAGCUGAAGACUGGACCUCCGCAGGUUGCAUUUAAAGAAACUUUUAUAACUGAAGUUUAUUCUGAGGGGAAGUACAUUAAACAAACUGGUGGAAGAGGUCAAUACGGUCAUGUUAAGCUGCAUAUUAAGCCCCUGGAGGAGGGAAGUGGGUUUCAAUUUGCAAAUAAUGUGACAUGUGGAACAAUUCCAAAGGAAUACAUCCCAGCGGUAGAAGAAGGAGCUAAACAACAGCUUAACACUGGACUUUUAGCAAACUACCCGGUCACUGAUGUGUUGGUGACUUUGCUGGAAGGAACAUAUCAUGAGGUUGAUAGUUCGGAAUUUGCAUUUAGAAUGGCUACAGCACAGGGAAUCCGAGAAGGCGCAAAGGUUGCUGGCAUUAAACUGAUAGAGCCAAUUAUGAAAGUCAAUAUUGUAUGUCCGAACAAGAAUUUCGGUGACGUUGUUGCUGAUAUCGCAAGGAGAAGAGGUCACGUCAAGAAUUCCAGCGACGGUUAUGGAGGUGUUAAAGAGUUGACUGUAGAAGCUCCUUUGAAGGAAAUGACAGGUUACAUGACAAAGUUACGGUCUAUAAGUCAGGGAAGGGGUUUCUUUACCAUGGAAAUGUCUCACUAUAAUCCAGUUCCAAAGUCUAUACAAGAUAAGCUUUUGGGUGUAACACCAACAGAGUAA